GGCCGGAGCAGUCCGGACAGUCAUGGCGGCGACUGUGGCGACGGCGGCAGCUGUGGCCCCGGCGCCAGCGCCCGGCACGGACGGCGCCUCUUCAGUGCACUGGUUCCGCAAAGGGCUGCGACUCCACGACAACCCAGCGCUGCUGGCGGCCGUGCGCGGGGCGCGCUGCGUGCGCUGCGUUUACAUUCUCGACCCGUGGUUCGCGGCCUCCUCCUCAGUCGGGAUCAACCGAUGGAGGUGAGGGGACCCGGGGCGGGGUGGCGGGGACGCAGCCAGGACCCUGACCCUGGGGUGACCGGCGAACAGCACGAUCCCCCCAACCCCGCCACGGCUGGAAGGCCAGAGGAGAGAAGCCGAGACCGGGGAAGUAAUUCGUCAUGGUCCUAACGCGCCGGUGGGCCAGGGUUCAGCCUCUGACAAAGCGCGUUCGCACUGUUACCCCUUUGAGCCUCACAACUGCCUGUGGAACGGAGAUCAUGAUCCUGGUUGUACAAAUGAGACCCUUGAGCCCUGGAGACCCAAAGUCGACCUGCCCAAGGACUUGUAGCCAGUUCCUACUUCAGUCUCUGGAAGAUUUGGACACAAGUUUAAGGAAACUGAACUCCCGCCUGUUUGUAGUCCGGGGACAGCCAGCCGACGUGUUCCCAAGGCUGUUCAAGGAAUGGGGAGUGACCCGCUUGACCUUUGAAUAUGACUCUGAACCCUUUGGGAAAGAACGGGAUGCAGCCAUCAUGAAGAUGGCCAAGGAGGCUGGUGUGGAAGUAGUGACCGAGAAUUCUCAUACCCUCUAUGACCUGGACAGGAUCAUUGAGCUGAAUGGGCAGAAGCCACCCCUUACAUACAAGCGCUUUCAGGCCAUCAUCAGCCGCAUGGAGCUGCCCAAGAAGCCAGUGGGCUCGGUGACCAGCCAGCAGAUGGAGAGCUGCAGGGCCGAGAUCCAGGAGAACCACGAUGAGACCUACGGUGUGCCCUCCCUGGAGGAGCUGGGGUUCCCCACUGAAGGACUUGGUCCAGCUGUCUGGCAGGGAGGAGAGACAGAAGCUCUGGCCCGCCUGGAUAAGCACCUGGAACGGAAGGCCUGGGUUGCCAACUAUGAGAGACCCCGAAUGAACGCCAACUCCCUCCUGGCCAGCCCCACAGGCCUCAGCCCCUACCUGCGCUUUGGUUGUCUCUCCUGCCGCCUCUUCUACUACCGCCUGUGGGACCUGUAUAAAAAGGUGAAGCGGAACAGCACACCUCCCCUCUCCCUAUUUGGGCAACUCCUAUGGCGAGAGUUCUUCUACACGGCAGCUACCAACAACCCCAGGUUUGACCGCAUGGAGGGGAACCCCAUCUGCAUCCAGAUCCCCUGGGACCGCAAUCCUGAGGCCCUGGCCAAGUGGGCUGAGGGCAAGACAGGCUUCCCUUGGAUCGAUGCCAUCAUGACCCAACUGAGGCAGGAGGGCUGGAUCCACCACUUGGCCCGGCACGCCGUUGCCUGCUUCCUGACCCGCGGGGACCUCUGGGUCAGCUGGGAGAGCGGGGUCCGGGUAUUUGAUGAGCUGCUCCUGGAUGCAGAUUUCAGUGUGAACGCAGGCAGCUGGAUGUGGCUGUCCUGCAGUGCUUUCUUCCAGCAGUUCUUCCACUGCUACUGCCCUGUGGGCUUUGGCCGUCGCACGGACCCCAGUGGAGACUACAUCAGGCGAUACCUGCCCAAAUUGAAAGCGUUCCCCUCUCGAUACAUCUAUGAGCCCUGGAAUGCCCCCGAGUCAAUUCAGAAGGCAGCCAAGUGCAUCAUUGGUGUGGACUACCCACGGCCCAUUGUCAACCAUGCCGAGACCAGCCGGCUCAACAUUGAACGAAUGAAGCAGAUUUACCAGCAGCUCUCACGCUACCGGGGACUCUGUCUCCUGGCAUCUGUCCCUUCCUGUGUGGAAGACCUCAGUCACCCUGUGGCAGAGCCCAGCUCGAGCCAGGCUGGCAGCGUGAGCAGUGCAGGCCCAAGACCACUACCCGGUGGCCCAGCAUCCCCCAAACGCAAGCUGGAAGCAGCCGAGGAACCACCUGGUGAAGAACUCAGCAAACGGGCCAGGGUGGCAGAGUUGCCAACCCCAGAGCUGCCGAGCAAGGAUGCCUGAGACUGCAGAGCCCUUGCUCCGUGAGCAAAGCCUGGGUGCCCAAGCAGCCACCGCGGCAGCAGAGUACAACCUGCAGAGAAGCUGAUCACCGGGCAGAGAUAGAGCGAGCAUGUGUGUGUGUGUGUGUGUGCGCGUGUGCAGAGGAGGGAGUGGUGUGCCUGUUUGCGUGUGCAUGCAUCUGUUGACACUCAUGAUUCUGAAUGUUGCCUGGGCUGGGGGAGUACCUGUAGCACGCCAGUGCUGUUUCCCGGCCUCCAGACACAAGGCUCGAGGUUAUGGCAGUGACUUUCAGCUGAGACCUGUUGCUGCAAGCCAGCUGCCUUGUCUGAACAGAACGUAGUGGUAGGACCCUAGCUGGGAUCCUGGCAUCUGCCUCACUAGACCUCCUUCCCUCCCUCCUUACGUCAGACUGUGGAGUAGGAGGGCAGCAGUUCUGGCUUUUGUCCAAAGCAUGGGAUUCUGGAGGCAGCCAGAGCCCUGCUGAGUUCCUGCUUUCUGACCUGGAGGCUGAGCAGGCCGGAGUGGAUGGAUGCUGUCCAGACGUAGCCACCUGGCCUCUCUUUCUUAUUUUAAAAUUCUCUGCCACUGGGCUCAGUCCCAUGCCCUUCCUUGGGCAUUGGGGACUGAGCAUGAGGCCAUAGACAGAUCUAAAAAAUUUCCACCACCCUACAGAAGUACACGCAGAUACCUGACUGUAUAUACCUGUAUAUACAGGGUAUACCUGGUACUGUAAUAGGAGCCUAAGACAGCACAUCUACCUUUUCAGGAUUUAGAACCUAAAGUUAGAUCCCAGCUGUCAUUGUUCCUUCCCCAGAAGCUGAGAGCCAGCCUCAGAGCUUACCCAGGAGCUGUGGAGGGGCCAGGAUCAAACUCACUCACUCUACCAGGAGGAGACCAGGUUCCAGUGGCGUAAGGCCCCCUGGUUUCUCUGGCCACACUCCAAGGCACCACAGUGCUGCCAGUGAGGACAGCUGACACCCAGCCAGGGAAACCAUUCUAGUCUUUGUUCUGUUGGCUUCCAGGGCCUGCCCUGGACUUGUCAGCAUCCAGACUGCCAUGUCAGCUAUCCCAGUAGCUGAGCUCCAAGGACUCAGGCAGAGGGACUCAGGGAUGGGGACUGCCAGGGGCAGUUGGCAAAAGUCCGAGUUAGAGAUUACAUCCAGCACACCAUUCCUUCCAGGAGCAGUAGGUGGGAGGUUUGACCCAGAGAAGCCAAGCCUUGCAUUCCGGGAGUGGCCUGUGCCUCCCACCUCUUCCUUCCCACUGCCAAAGGCCUGUGUUGAGAAAGAUGUCAUGGAAAGGACGAUGGUGGCCAACUAAAGCAAGUCUUCCUUCCACCCUCUGGCCUGCACUUGAGCCACAAAGUGUGUGUGUGUGUGUGGGGUACGUGUGUGUGUGUGUGUGUGGCUAUGAGGCUGAUUCCUGUUUGGAUUUUUGUCCUCACAUGUAUCAUUAAGCUGGCCUUUGGGCCUUUUCCUUUCUACCUCCCCUGUGACCUUUCCUAGCCUCAGAUCUGUUAAUUCUUUUGGCCCCAGCCCUGUCCCUCACUGUCCUUCUGUCCUUGGACCAGAACCCUGGGGCCAGACCCAUCUCCUGUAGCUGUCCACCACACUGACAGGCUUCUUCCUGAGAUAUCCUCAGGUUUUCUCAGCCAGAGAGCUGCCUUUAGAGUCCAACUGUUGUAUGUAUGUCACCCUCACUAGAAAUGUCCCAUCAUCGUGGGAGGGGGAGCAGGGCACAGUGGAUGAUGGUGUGCAUUCAGAGCAUUGGGUUGGGGGCUUCCCUGUUCCCUCAGCCCCAGCCGAGAGGAAAGAGAAUCAGGGGCCAUUGCCAGAAAGAGAGUCAAGCAAACCUGGAAGGGCAAAUCUGAGACCGUGGGAAGGCCAAAGAUUAGUAUUCACUAGCAUCGCCUUCAGGUAGCAGGAUGAUUCGUUUUCUUGCCUGUCUGCUGCUGGCUCUCUUCCCUAAGGUACAGGUUGGCAGGACCACCUCUGCCUACUUCUCCACCAUCCCUAGCAUGCCAGCCCGUUCCCAGAUCAACCUGCCAGUGGAGUCAGGCAGUGCACUCCUGGAGCCAGGAGGGAAGGUCAGGGUAGAGAGGGUAUGUCCAGUAGCCUGGAGCUCCAUGGUGGCUUCAUGCCUCCCUUCUCCCAGCUCAGGUGGCCCUGAGGGCUCCCUCGGAACAAUGCCCCAAAUCCUGACCCAAGGGCCAGCAUGGGGAAGAGAUGGUUGCAGGUAAAAUGCACUUUAUAGAGAUUUUCUAUUGCUGGGAAGGUGUGUUUCUCCCACAAUUUGUUUGUGAAUAUUCACUUGUUUUAUAAAUGUCUGACCUGUCUGA